GUCAGAAUAACACAACUAAUAUAACAACUGACUACAGAAUAACUAUACACACAUUUGCACUUAAUGGGUUUUCUAUGAAUAUAUAUAACUUUGGUCAAUCUCAUUUGUUGCAGACACUAAACAUCUGGUCUUUGACAAAACAAAAACAAACUCAUUAGAUUUUGGCAGAUCAGCUCAUCAUCAGUGAAGCUCCUCCCACACUGGAACUCGUCAUCAGUGAAGCUCUGCUCACACUGGAACUCAUCAUCAGUGAAGCUCCUCCCACACUGGAACUCAUCAUCAGUGAAGCUCCUCCCACACUGGAACUCAUCAUCAGUGAAGCUCCUCCCACACUGGAACUCAUCACCAGUGAAGCUCCUCCCACUGCAGUUCAACAAUAAAUGCUGGAAGAUUCCCAUCAGUUCAGAAGUGAAGGCGAGCGUCAGAGCAUCAGGAAGAGCUGAAAUCUGAUCAAAGACUGAGUUUAUUAAAGAGGACAGAGAGAAGAUGAGAGAUCCAGAGCCCUGCAGAAUCAAACACACUGAAGAUACUGAACAACAAACAGAGCUGAUGGAAGAGAGCGAGGAGAGUGAAGAACUGAGUGAAGUGGAGGAGGAGCAUCGUGUCAAACCUGGAGAAAAACCUUUGAGUCACUCAAAGACUAAAAAGACAUUUUUAAGGAAAAGAAAUGCCAAGAAAUCUACCACCUGCACUCAGUGUGGAAAGAGUUUCACAAACAAACAAAGUCUCGAGUGUCACAUGAGAGUUCACACUGGAGAGAAGCCGUUCACAUGUGAUCUGUGUGGAAAGAGCUUCACGCAAUCAGCACAUCUUAAAGUACACAUGAGAGUUCACACCGGAGAGAAGCCACACAUGUGUGAACAGUGUGGGAAGAGUUUCACAGACAAACAUAAUCUUAAUGUUCACAUGAUGAUCCACACCGGAGAGAAGCCGUUCAUGUGCAGUCAGUGUGGAAAGAGUUUCACAUACAAACAAAGUCUUGAGCGUCACACGAGAGUUCACACCGGAGAGAAGCCGUUCAAGUGUGAUCAAUGUGAAAAGAGAUUCUCACACAAAGUUAGUCUUGAGGGUCACAUGAGAGUUCACACUGGAGAAAAGCCACACACAUGUGAUCAGUGCGGAAAGAGUUUCACAAACAAACAUAAUCUUAAUGUUCACAUGAUGAUCCACACCGGAGAGAAGCCGUUCAUGUGCACUCAGUGUGGAAAGAGUUUCACAUACAAACAAAGUCUUGAGCGUCACAUGAGGAUCCACACCGGAGAAAAGCCGUUCGCAUGUGAUCAGUGCGGCAAAACAUUUAUUCGUUCAUCAGACCUGAAGAAACACCUGACAGUUCAUACGAAGGAGAAGCCACAUUCCUGUUCUGAAUGUGGAAAGAGUUUUUCACUGCUGCAGAGUUUACAUGUACAUCAGAAAACUCACACUGGUGUGAGAGAGUACUUGUGCUUUGAGUGUGACAAGACUUUUACUACAGCGAGCUCUUUAAACCUGCACCAGAAGAUCCACACUGGAGAGAAACCUUACAAGUGUUCACACUGUGACGAAACAUUCACUCAGUCAGGAAAUCUGAAAGUACAUGAGAAGAUCCACAGCAGAGAGAAGCCACACACAUGUGAUCAGUGCAGGAAGAGUUUCUCUAUUAAAAGUCACCUGAAGAUACACAUGAAGAUCCAUGCAGUGGAGAAACCACACAGCGAUGUUCACAAGUCUUCAUCGCUGGAGUCAGAUUCAGUAGUCAUUGAAGGGAUGUCUUGGGCAUUGGUUGAAGAUGCGGAGUUGACUGAGUUUAUUAAAGAGGACAGAGAGAAGAUGAGAGAUCCAGAGCCCUGCAGAAUCAAACACACUGAAGAUACUGAACAACAAACAGAGCUGAUGGAAGAGAGCGAGGAGAGUGAAGAACUGAGUGAAGUGGAGGAGGAGCAUCAUGACAAACCUAGCUCAAAGAUUAAAAAGACAUUUUUAAAGAAAAGAAAAGCCAAGAAAUCUACCACCUGCACUCAGUGUGGAAAGAGUUUCACAAACAAACAAAGUCUUGAGCGUCACAUGAGAAUUCACACCGGAGAGAAGCCUUUCACAUGUGAUCAGUGUGGAAACAGCUUCACGCAACCAACACAUCUUAAAGCACACAUGAUGAUCCACACCGGAGAGAAGCCACACACAUGUGAUCAGUGCGAGAAGAGUUUCACAUACAAAUAUCUUCUUAAUGAUCACAUGAGAGCUCACACCGGAGAGAAGCCAUUCGUGUGCGGUCAGUGUGGAAAGAGUUUCACAUACAAACAAAGUCUUGAGCGUCACAUGAGCGCUCACACCGGAGAGAAGCUGUUCACAUGUGACCAAUGUGGAAAGAGCUUCACGCAACCAGCACAUCUUAAAAUACACAUGAGAAUUCACACCGGAGAAAAGCCGUUCACAUGUGACCAGUGUGGAAAGAGCUUCAUGCGAUCAGCACAUCUUAAAAUACACAUGAGGAUCCACACCGGAGAGAAGCCGCACACAUGUGAUCAGUGCGAGAAGAGUUUCACAUACAAAUAUCUUCUUAAUGAUCACAUGAGGAUCCACACCGGAGAGAAGCCAUUCGUGUGCGGUCAGUGUGGAAAGAGAUUCACAUACAAACAAAAUCUUGAGUGUCACAUGAGAGUUCACACCGGAGAGAAGCUGUUCACAUGUGACCAAUGUGGAAAGAGCUUCACGCAACCAGCACAUCUUAAAGUACACAUGAGAGUUCACACCGGAGAGAAGCCGUUCACGUGUGACCAAUGUGGAAAGAGCUUCAUGCGAUCAGCACAUCUUAAAGUACACAUGAGAGUUCACACCGGAGAGAAGCCAUUCAAGUGUGGUCAGUGUGGAAAGAGAUUCACAAAACAAGCAACCCUUAAAGAACACAUGAGGAUCCACACCGGAGAAAAGCCGUUCGCAUGUGAUCAGUGCGGCAAAACAUUUCUUCGGUCAUCAGACCUGAAGAAACACCUGGCAGUUCAUACGAAGGAGAAGCCACAUUCCUGUUCUGAAUGUGGAAAGAGUUUUUCACUGCUGCGGAAUUUACAUGUACAUCAGAAAACACACACUGGUGUGAGAGAGUACUUGUGCUUUGAGUGUGAGAAGACUUUUACUACAGCGAGCUCUUUAAACCUGCACCAGAAGAUCCACACUGGAGAGAAACCUCACAAGUGUUCACACUGUGACAAGACAUUCACUCAGUCAGGACAUCUGAAAUCACAUGAGAAGAUCCACAGCAGAGAGAAACCUCACAAGUGUUCACACUGUGACAAGAGAUUCAGAGAGUCAGGACAUCUGAAAACACAUGAGAGGAUCCACACUGGAGAGAAACCUCACAAGUGUUCAUACUGUGACAAAAGAUUCACUCAGUUAGGAAAUCUGAAAAGACAUGAGAAGAUCCACAGCAGAGAGAAGCCACACACGUGUGAUCAGUGCGGAAAGAGUUAGUGACUCUAUUAAAAGUCACCUGAAGAUACACAUGAAGAUCCAUUCAGUGGAGGUACCACACAGCGAAUGUUCAGAAGUCUUCAUCGCUGGAGUCAGAGUCAAGUCUCGAGUGAUUUAAUGACUUGCUAAAAAAAUCUCAUUAAAAAUCCUCAUGAAUUGAACUCAUCCUAAUUACGAAGCUGUUGAUAUAUGAUAUAUGAUCUUCUAUGAGAUGCUUUGUAAGGUUAAUGUACAUCCAGCCUGUUACUUAUGUUUUAAUCCACUACAAUGUACAAAACAGUUGUUCUGUAAUGCAAUUCUAUGAUAAGAGAUCUGCCUGAUCUACCAUGACACAUAAGGAAAUAUGUGACACUGAUAUUACAAAACCAUACAAAUAAAGUCUUUCUUUAUGAUACAAGUCUGAGGAAUUCAAUUCAUGUUCCAGGAGGUCCGGUGUCUUCCCAGCGAAGGAGUGGACUAAAAUAAAUUAUUUAUGGACCAUUCUACAGAGUUGGUCCAAAGCCAGAGCUGGAAACAUCUUAGAAAAAAAAUGUUUUUUUCCCCCAAAAAUUGUAUGUAUGCAUAUUGUAUAA